GCUUCCCGGCCCACCUUUCCCUCGUUUGGGCUCGCUAGCCUUCCAAUCGCCUCACUUUCCCCGCCCCCUCAGCGUCUGGGCACGUCCCACUAGCGGCCCGGGGCCGCGCAUGGCUGCGCACUUAACCUCUGCCGGCCCGACGCGAAGUUAGAGACUAGGGAGGCGCGAGCAGCGCGCGCUCCUGACCGUGGGGAGCAGAGGGAGGAUCCCGAGCCUGCAGCCCCUGCGGGGCCGACCAUGACUUGCUACCGAGGCUUCCUACUGGGCAGCUGUCGUCGCGUGGCGGGCGGCCGGGCGGUAGCGCUGAGCGCGCCAGGCGCGGGAGGCCCCGCCGCGCGUCCGCGGCUCUGCGGUGACGGCGGCUGCCAGCGGCACCUGGGGCAGGGACAGCCGCGCGAGCUGGCGGGCUGUGGUAGCCGCCCAAACGGCGGCUUCCGCCCGUCCCGGGUAGUGGUAGUGGCCAAAACCACCCGGUACGAGUUCGAGCAGCAGCGGUACCGCUACGCGGAGCUCUCGGAGGAGGACCUGAAGCAGUUGCUUGCAUUGAAAGGCUCUAGUUACAAUGGAUUGCUUGAACGACAUCAUAUUCACACCAAAAAUGUGGAGCAUAUUCUAGAUAGUUUACGAAAUGAGGGAAUUGAGGUUCGUCUAGUAAAGAGGAGAGAAUAUAAUGAAGAGACUGUUCGAUGGGCAGAUGCUGUCAUAGCUGCAGGAGGUGAUGGCACAAUGCUUCUGGCUGCAAGUAAGGUCCUGGACAGACUUAAACCAGUUAUUGGAGUAAACACUGAUCCAGAACGGUCUGAAGGUCAUUUAUGUCUGCCUGUUCGAUAUACGCAUUCCUUCCCAGAAGCCUUACAGAAGUUCUAUCGUGGUGAGUUCAGGUGGUUAUGGAGGCAGAGAAUCAGGUUGUAUCUUGAAGGGACUGGUAUAAACCCCAUUCCUGUGGACCUUCAUGAACAGCAGCUAAGCUUGAAUCAACAUAGCAGAGCCUUCAAUAUUGAAAGAGUUCGUGAUGAAGGAUCGGAAACUUCAGGACCCCAGCUUUUGCCAGUAAGAGCACUAAAUGAAGUCUUCAUUGGGGAGAGUCUGUCAUCCAGAAUGUCUUAUUCUUGGGCUGUAGCAGUGGACAAUUUAAGAAGAAGUAUAUCCAUUCUAAAGGGACUGGCUUCCUACUAUGAAAUUUCAGUUGAUGAUGGACCAUGGGAAAAACAGAAGAGUUCAGGGCUCAAUUUGUGUACUGGAACAGGAUCAAAGGCCUGGGUUCAUUCAAAUAUUAACAGGGUUGCGACUCAGGCUGUGGAAGAUGUUUUAAAUAUUGCAAAGCGACAAGGAAAUUUGAAUCUUCCAUUAAACAAAGAAUUGGUAGAGAAAGUAACAAAUGAGUAUAAUGAAUCACUGCUCUACAGUCCAGAAGAACCAAAAAUACUUUUCAGUAUUCGAGAACCAAUAGCAAACAGAGUUUUCUCAAGCAGUCGUCAGCGUUGUUUUUCCUCAAAGGUUUGUGUUCGUUCUCGUUGUUGGGAUGCCUGUAUGGUUGUAGAUGGAGGAACUUCUUUUGAAUUUAAUGAUGGAGCAAUUGCUUCAAUGAUGAUCAGUAAAGAUGAUGAACUCCGGACUGUGCUCCUGGAACACUGAAGGAUUUCCUCAGGUCACAAAUCUUGAUUACCAGAAAAAUAUUUGUACUGGAGACUACAAAGUCAUAAAGCUGCAAUUUUUGGUUAUUGUUAAGACUUGUCCCUGGGCUCAAAGGUGACCAGGAAAGUGAGAUUUGUAUUAUUCUUCUAUUGGAUUCUGAUGAAAAGAUGUUCCUUGUGUAAGGAAAUGGAUGGACUAAACUGAUUAGAGUUAAUACCAGUGAAAUUUCUAUACUCCUUACAGUUUGUAACCAAGAGUGCUAGUGUCUUUAUAAAUUUAGAGAGGGAGGCUUAAAUAAAGGAUUAAAUGUUUAGGAUUUGAAAUUUAACUGUACAAGUUUUUUUCCUUUCCCUUCCACUUAGCUUUGUGGAAUUGGUCAGACCAAACACAUAUCAUUUGAUUAGUGCAUAUUUUUUAUAGUAUCUGAAAACCAAGAUUUUUUUUUAAACUUUGAUGAUGACGAUGGAGAAUUUUGAUAAAUCCUUACAUUGACCUAAUUGAAAUAGGUAACUGUGUUUUUAUAUGUGCUAAGAAUUUUCUAAUUUCAGAACACAGUGAUAUUAUGACUAUCAAUUUAAAAGUUUCAAUCAUUUUUGAAAUUAUUAAUAGAUGAAUGUUUUCAUUUAACCAACUUUAAUUCAGGUUGAUUUCAACAAUGCUGGGUGAAAUACAUAUAUGUGAACAACAUCAUGAUGCUGUUACAUAUAUAUUAAUUACCCAAUAGCUAUUUUAUGUUAUACAAAGUAAUUUUGUUCUGUUUUUGAUGAUGUGAGCCUAAUAGGUUCCUUCCAUCUUUAAAAUUCCCUGAAUCUAGAUUAAAGGACUAAAAGGAUGCAUUGAUCUGAUAUGUUCUAUUAGGUUUUUGGUAAAACCUUCAAAAGUAUUUUCAUGUAAGUUUAGGAGUAUUGUCAGAAAGAAUAUGGAUUCUGUAGUAAAUAUGCAAAACGUAUUAGUUUUGGAAUUGUCUUACUUAAUUUUGUGGUAGUUUUCACUUAGCUCAUAUUCCAAGUUUCACUCUGCAGCUUUCGAUAAAAUGGCUUUGCUUUUUUACCCUCACUAUGAAUUAGAGAGUGCCUUUAUUUUUAGAGGAAAUUAUUUUGAUUCAAUUCUCAAUCUACUUAUAGUAGGUAAUCCUAGAAUUUUCACCAAAAAAAAACUCCUUUUGCUGCAUAAUGAAACAGUUGGUAUUCUCCUGCCAUUUAUUCAAAGUUUAUCUGUUUUUUUUCACUUGCUGGUGAAAAUUAUUGUUCAAUCAUUGACAGGUGUUUACUGAAAACUCACUCGGUGCCAUGUUUUGUGAUAGGUGCUGGAUAUUGAUGAAUGAAACAAACAUUAUUCUGUCCUUAAAACUUGAGUCUAGUGUGUUCAGAAGUAAAUGCUGUGAAAGCUAGGAUGUAUAAUCAAAUUGAGUGUUCUUAGUUUCGCCAACAUUUAACAUACUGUUGUUCUCCAAUUUUUUACAUAAAUGUUAGUGCACUAAGGCACUCCAGGAUUUGAUGCCUAUCCAGAGGAAUCUGUCAUUCUUUUCUUAGUUACGAGUAGCUGCAAAGAAACUCAUAGCGGAGUUUACAAUGAUGCAUGAGAUUGAAAUACAAUACAAAUUAGUGUUUUCCCAGAGCUAGAUCUAGUUCCUGGUUUGAUUUUAAAAUGAUACACUUAAAAUACAACCUUUUAAAGAAGUGAAAUUCUAUGCUGUAGAAAAUCUCCUAAAAGAUUUAAAAUGCUUUAUUGGAAAAAAGAAUGACAACUCUGUCUUUUAAUAUAUCAAGGAAAUCUGAUUGUCCAAUACCAUAGAUCUGUUAAGAUGUAUAGGGAACUCACUGUGUAAAAUUGUUCAUAAGCCAUAUUUUAAAGGUUUUAAUAAUACUUAAUGUGCUCUAUUUGCAAUGUCAUUUCUAAUAUUUCUGCUGUGAUGGGGAUUUAUUUGUUAAGAGAUGAUGAGAGGCAAAGGAUGUUAGAAUAGCAAAAUGUUUUUAUGAAUGAGUUAACGUUUUAAUGGCCACUAUAUGUGAAUAAAAUUAAACUAUUGUUAUCUCUU